AUGCUGUACAGCCUGAGCCCCAAGCCGGCGGCAGGUUCGCCUGGGCUUCACUUAACCACACCGUUCUUCACGCUCAGGGCAGGUACCGAGACGAAACUUUGCAGGAUGUUGGGAACCUUCACAGACUACAGCUGUUUUCUUCACAUCAUGCCGAACAGCCGCAGCGGCCGUUGUAGCGCCUGCCUUGAAUGGGGCCAAGACUUGGCACACCAGGGCUAGGACGGGGGGGUUAGUUCGGAGUUUUGUAGACGAGGCUGGUAUCGCAGACAGUUUCCCGGCUUUCAGUCGAUCGCCCCGGGCAUAAACUCGUUCGCAUUAUGUAAACGUUCGGGUUGUCUGCUGGAGCUGUACCAGAAGCACGAGUGGGCGCGAAGCAGGGAACGGGUUGCGCGGAAGGCGAAAAAGACGCCGCGCCACAGCCGGAUGUGGAGCGCCGCUCCUGAACCUGUCACGCACGAUAAACUCCGGCAGCUUGAUCGGUACUGUGCUUCGCCGGAGGCGGUGGAGGUCUUGCGGGAUGCUGUUGCCAUUGCGGGUUGUGUGUUGGACAUGUGCGGCGGACCUGAAGUCGCGGUGGCACGGGGGUUUCGGAGCACGUGUGAAGUUCUCACUAACGACGUGAGCUCGAGGUACCAACCUGGACGCGAGCUUGCUCUCUUUUCCGGAUGAUUUUCUCAAGGCCAACCCCGGAAAGCAACCUGACUGGGUCGUGACGAGCCCUCCAUACAAGGGUGCCGUGGGGUUUGUCAAGGCGGCUUUGGCGGUGGGGACGAAAGGCGUGGCGCUCAAACUGCCGCUAUCGUUCCUGGAACCCUGUGCCGAUCGGGGGGGUUGGCUUGUAGACAACCCCCCGGCUGUGUGCGGUUUUUUGCGUAGAGCCAAGUACACGAAUGCUCACCAUGUGAAAGUCGGGGAAUUUUGGGGUGUGCGGUACACCGAUGGAGGCUGCUGCGGCAACAGUGGGGGUCGAGACUUGUGUUCUGCCCUGAAUAGGGGUGCUUGCAGGAGGGGCGUAGGGCACCUGGCGUUGAAAAGAGUUUUUUUCGGUGGUGCUGGUGGAGUGUACUGUGCUGCCGAGGCUCCUGCUUGUCGCCCUCAACAUAUAUAUUUUUGAAAACGUAGAAUACUUCAGAACCGCCCUCACGUUUCAAAGCCUUUGCGGUUGGAUAAGCAAACACUCGGACUUGCGGGCCGAGGUUGCUGUGGAAGUGCAUCGCAGCUUGGCGUGUACAGGAACGCUCUU